GCGUUUAAAAUAGAAAAUAACCGGUUGCGGAGGUUGUCUGGUUGAUCUGAUGGCACCUUUAAAAGUUCUUGUUGAUAUUUUGUAAAUUCUACCGGAGAAACUGGGAUUUUACCUCAUUCAGUGAAGACAUUUUGAAAACGAAUUGAAUUAAGGGAGUCAAUCAUGUCUUCUGACCUGCUAAUGACUGCCAUUCACAACAGAGACUUGUUGUCUCUCAAAAAAAUAUGUGACACAGAGUCCAAGGAAGACCGUUUGUUUUCAUUGGACUCCAUCAACAGGGGAGAGCGAAUGACCCCUCUAUGCUUAGCAGCAAAACUGGGAAAUCUCGAAAUAGUGGAAUUUCUGUUGCAGAAUGGGGCUAAGCCAAGCGUUGCAUGCACGUGUGUUCAUCGAAACAAAGCUGCCUUGCAUUUUGCUUGUGAGAACUGUCAUGCAGAUUCAGCUCAGAUUGUUGAAUUUCUGCUUAAUGCUGGUGCUAAUUUGGAGCAAGAGACAUUCGAUUUUGAGAAAGCCCUGCAUUUUGCUUGUGAGUUUAAUAAUCUGCCUGUGGUAGAGUGUUUAGUUCAGAGUGGGGCAGAUAUCAACUGUGUGAACUUGGAUGGAAAGUCUCCGUUAUCUUUGGCAUGCUCGAGACAGAAGAAAGUACGGACUGGUUCCAGUGGAUUUGUUGGACGACACCUGGUCCAGUACCUCUACAAAUCGGAAUGUCAGGUCAUUCACCUCAACAGGCGGACCAAGCCCUCCCGCAACAAGAAGGCCACGGAAAUCACAUGGAGACAGGUCAAUGAUGUUGGAUUGCCAAAUGAUCUUGAUGUUAUCGUAAAUCUGUGUGGAUACAAUAUUCUGCAACCAUUUAAAAGAUUUGGUGCCAGUUACAAAGAGGAUGUAGAGAAUAGUCGCAUAGAGACCUCCAAAAUUCUGGCUGAUUAUUGUGAUUCCAAUCCACGUACACCUAAAGCAUUUAUAAACAUGUCUGGAGUAGCCAUCUAUAAGCCUGACCCAGAGAUAGAGUACACGGAAGAUUCACCCGUUAAGCCGUACGAUUACAUGUCUAAUCUGGUCAAGGAGUGGGAGUUUGCGGCCAGAAUCCAUGACGACGUACAGGAAAGAUGUCGCCAGGUCAUCCUCAGAUCAGGGGUGGUUCUUGGUCGAGAUGGUGGCCUGAUACAAAACCAGUACUGGCAAUUCUUCUUCGGACUUGGCGGACCCAUCGGAAAAGGAACACAAUGGUUACCAUGGAUACAUAUAAGCGAUCUCGCUGGAUUGAUUCAUUUCUCCAUUUUCAAUGACCACAUGAGGGGUGUGUUGAAUGCAGUGGCCCCUGAAUCCGUCACAAAUGAACAAUUCGCAAAAGCUUUUGGGGCUGCACUCGGCAGACCAGCGAUAUUACCUACUCCUAGCCUAAUGAUGAAAUUAGCAUUUGGAAGCGAACGAUCUGUGGUCAUCUUAGAGGGACAGAAAGUUAUUCCAAAAAGAACAUUAGAAAUGGGGUUUCAGUUUAAGUAUCCCACCAUAAAGAAGGCUUUGGAGCAGUGUUGUAAAUGAUUUAUUUACACAAUAUAUUGUCUUUGAGAUUGUGUGCUGAUAAACUUUAUUACAGAAUCAUAAAUAUUGUUAAAUUAAAUUGCAUUUAAUAUAUACCAAGUAUGUAUUGUGUUGAAUGCUUUUUGAAAUAAAUAUAUUAAACCUAC